AUGGCCAAUGCGCAAGAUAAAGAAUCUCAGAAGUUGGGAACAGGAGAGAAAAAAUGGAGUCAGAAACUGGGUGGGUCCAAUACUAUGAUCCAGAAAUUACGUACUCAUGAUCUCGAACUCAUUGAUGAAGCUAGGCGUUUACAGAUUGAAAACGCUAAUAAAGACAUUUCUCUUGCAAAGUCCAAAGCUGAGAAUGAUAUAAAAUCCAAGAAAAUUAGAUCGCUUGAGUCUAUGAUAAAGAUAUUGGAAAGUAAGUUGUCUUCAGCCCAGAAAGAUGUGAUUUCGAUUCAAAACGACUCAUCGAAAAAAGAAACUGAGAUAAUAUCUCUUAAAUCCAAAAUAGUUGAAGUAGAACACGAGUUAGCUUCAAAAGUCAGUGAGCUCGAGAAUCUGAAAUUAGAGACUAUAUCAAUACCUGUAGUUGGCGGAAAUGAUGAAAAAAAUAUGACCAAGUCUAAUGAUAUAUCUGCAGUUAUUGAGGAAUCAGAGAUUCGAGGCUAUGCCUCACCUAGCAAAAAUCUCAGACAAUAUUUUGUACGCAGAAAAAGUAUAGAUCAAGCUAAAAAAAUUGAUGAUGAUAUCUCGACACAAACUAGUACUUUUGGUACUUGCUUCGUUAAUGAUGAGAUUACUGAACUACCAAAAAUUGAUACAGAGGUUAAUUCUGAAGUAAAGGAUAGAACUAGCAUUAGUGAAAUUAACAAGGAUGAUAUACCAAUAAAAUCUAAUACAUCAGAGGCUAUGCCUCAAAAUGUGACUCCACACCUUACACAACCGGAUAAUAAUAGCAAAGUUAGUGCUAAAGCACAUAUGUCCUCUUUGAUUAAAUCGAAUUCUCAGAUGAGACCUGGUCCUGAGGCUUUGCCUCUUCCAAUAGGAGGGAUAGGAACAAUUCCCAUUGUGACAAGUACUUUGAUGUUACCGCUAUCAGCAUAUAUGUUACUUACUUUGUUGAUUAUCGCAGUUAUGUGGUUCGUGAUAUUGAGAUGCACAUGA